AUGGACACCAUCGAAGGAGAAUUCGCCACCAAGGAUGGCACGAAGCUAUAUACCAAAACAUGGAAGCCCCGAAAUGAUGCAGUGCAGGCUGUUUUGAUCUUCCUACAUGGAUUCUCCGACCACAUCAAUGCCUACUACGAUCUCUUCCCCGCUCUGAGCUCGUCGCCGUUCAACAUAGCAGUCUACGGGUUUGAUCAACGGGGCUGGGGCCGAUCGUGCCAUAAACCUGCAGACAAUGGCAACACCGGCCCCACCGCUACAGUACUCUCCGAUCUACAUGACUUUGUUCUCCAUGUAGCAUCCCUGCCGGAGACCCAAGGCAAACCACUCUUCCUGAUGGGCCACAGCAUGGGUGGAGGCGAGGCUCUGUGCUACAUGCUUUCCACUUCCUCCGACUUUUCCAAUCGACCCUCGUUCUCAGGCCUGCUCCUCGAGGCACCUUAUGUCGAAAUGCAUCCGUCGAACCAACCAUCUUACUUGAAGGUCCAAGCGGGCAAGCUGGCCGCCAUACUACUCCCGCGCACGCAGCUCAAGAACAAACUGAACGCAGCGUACCUGUCCCGUUCGGAGAAGGUCUGCCAAGACUGGGUCAAUGAUCCGCUGUGCCACGACACUGGGACGUUGGAAGGACUCAAGGGACUCUUGCAGAGGGAAGCAGAACUUUCCCAUCUCUCUCAUGGCCGCACUGUACACGGCUAUACGAGCAAGGUCCCUUGUCCUAUAUGGUUCUCCUUCGGCACCGGCGACAAGAUCUUGUCGCAUCUCGCUGCGAAGCAACUCUUCAACGUCUUGGAAGCCCCCAACAAGGACAAAACCUUCAAGGCAUAUCCCGACGCAUAUCACAAGCUCCAUGCUGAGCCCGACGGACUAGGCGAGCAGUUUGCGAAAGAUGUGGGAGAAUGGAUCCUGGCACAUGGCAACAAGCAGGCAGAAGUCGCUCAGGUUGGUCAAUCACAAUCCGAACAGACGGCAAACGGUGGCUCAUAG